CGCGAGGACUACGCACGGUCUUAUAUGUUCUCGCGACUUCCUUCUUCCGGAAGGAUUUGGUACUUGAUGAUUUAAGACGUAGACCCGCCAAAAUCAUUUUCUUAAAUCAACAAGAACGAAAUAACGUAAUAGUGUUUCUGUGAUAUCGUGACAUAACGUGACUCGUUGACGAUCAUGCUUUCGUGUUUUGCUACGAUCAAUUGGUGAUAGUGCUAGAGAACGACGGACCACGACAUUGCUCUUGUUGAACAACCGAGAUAUUUUCGUGACAACCAGCAAGGACAUCCCAUAAAUUUCGACGUCGUUUUAUCAAACGUUUUAUGGACUACCCGGAAGAAUGAGAAUACCUGAAUUCCUUUUCCUUUUAGUCAUCGUCAUCUUUUCGAUCUCUAAGGAGUAGACAGGUUUCUUGAGAUUCGAAAGGAGGAAACAUCGAGGGCACCGAGUGACUUCUUUUUGGUAUCAAGUGUAACGGAUGUAGUGAAGAAAAUGUUACACUUGACGAGGACUGAAAUGACGCAGGAGUCACGGUGAGAAAAGGGCGAGGGUUUCACCCUCGCACGAAAAGGGGGUGCCAUGGCGAAGAACUUUAGUUUCGUCGUUGGUGCAAGCCCAUCGACUACUCCUCUCCUUAUUCGUCUCCUCCUAGUCGGCUUCAUCUCGUUCGUUCCAGCAACUCUUGCCGUGGAUCUUUCACAAUGCAUCGCACCACUGGGCAUGGAAUCCGGAGCAAUACCGGAUAAGGACAUCACAGUCAGUUCCACCUACGAUGCCGGAAAUGUUGGCCCGCAUCUGGCACGGUUGAAAACGGAGAGCCUCGGUGGUGCUUGGUGUCCAAAGAAUCAGAUCACAAAGGAGGCGAAAGAGUGGUUGGAAAUUGAUCUUCAUACUGUCCAUCUUAUUACUGCCACCGCUACUCAAGGUCGUUUUGGGAAUGGACAAGGUGUCGAGUACUCAGAGGCUUAUCUUUUGGAGUAUUGGCGACCACGAUUGGGCAAAUGGGUUCGUUAUAGGGACAUCAAAGGACAAGAGGUAAUACCAGGCAAUACGAACACGUAUUUGGAGUCCAAGCAUGAACUGGAGCCACCUCUGUGGGCUAGCAAGAUCCGUUUUCUGCCCUUCAGCCGUCACACGCGGACAGUUUGCAUGCGGGUCGAGCUCUACGGGUGUUACUGGAGCGAUGGUGUGGUUUCCUACUCGAUGCCUCAAGGUGACAAAAGAGGAAACGAAUGGGAAUUCUUCGAUGCCACUUACGAUGGCCAUUGGGACGAUGAACUUCGUCGUGGACUGGGCCAAUUAACUGACGGUAAAACGGGCCCAGAUGAUUUCAAAAUGGGCUAUUAUGACGAUCGAGGACAAGGUUGGGUUGGCUGGAGAAACGAUACACGAAGUGAUCAACCGAUUGAAAUUAAAUUUGAGUUCGAUGUAGUCAGAGAAUUCUCGGCAAUUCAUAUUUACUGCAACAACCAGUUCACCAGAGACGUUCAGAUCUUCUCGCAAGUCGACAUACUCUUCAGUAUAGGUGGGAGAUACUACAACGGUGAGCCGAUUACCUACACCUACAUGGAGGACAAAAUAUUCGAAACGUCUCGUAACGUCACCAUCAAGCUUCACCAUCGUAUUGGCAAGUACGUGAAAUUGAGACUCCAUUUUUCCGCCAGAUGGAUCAUGAUCAGCGAAGUGAUUUUCGAUUCUGAUGUAGCUCACGGUAAUUUCACAACGGAAGAACCACCUACCACGGAAUCACCGAUUCAAAGUGAUGUUUUUGUUGAAAAAAAUGGAUCAGGCGUUGACGGUGAACUUCCUGUUUCAACUGCUAAACACGAUGAUCCAACUUACAUGGCAAUCGUAAUCGGUGUAUUGAUGGCAGUGAUACUACUCCUUGCCGUGGCGAUAUUUCUGAUUGUUUCAAGGCACAGACAACGCAAAUGCUUUGCCAGUCCGAUGACUGGAAAAGCCCCAUCACAUUUAGGUUCAACCUGUGCCACCGUUGAAAAAGGAGCAGCGUUAAUGGCUUAUACUUUGGAAGACGACGAAAGAUACGCCGGGGGUUCUUUGCCUACCCUACCACGUGAUCUGGGCAAUCGUCUCCUGGAUAUCGCCAAGCUCGAUGACUAUCAGGAACCCUACCAAGCGUUGAAGUAUGCUCCAUACUACAGCUACAGCACCGUCGUUAUGGAGAUGAAAGACAUGAUGCUGAACAACAAGGGCACCAACAUCAAUCACUCAGCAGUGUACGCGAACGGUGCAGUUGACACAUCGUACGAUUAUGCGGUACCGGAACUCGGCACGGUACCUCUCCUCAACCAAGAAGGAACCGGAGGAUGCGCUAGAACCACCACAGUAUCCAGUACUACCAGCGACAAGGACAGUCUCUUCUCUAAAAAUUCUUCACAUAGCACUAAAACCGAGGACAAGAAGCGUGAUCGUCGAUUGUCGAUUAUCAAUGGCUACAGCAGCACAAUAGAUCGUUCCUCGGUUUUGCAGUCACCAACACAACAGGAGGUACUGUCGGCCUUGAAAAGACGUCUCGAGCAAACGAGCGUGCCGCUCUUCCCACGACAUCGCCUUCGCAUGCUUUCCAAACUCGCUGAAGGUGCUUUCGGGACGGUAUAUGUUGCUGAAGCCGAAGGGAUUCCUGAGUAUGGAACAACGACCACCCUUGGCAAACGUUUCGUCGCCGUCAAGUUUUUAUUACCGGAAGCCAGCGAGAAGGAAAAGCUCGAUUUCCAGAGAGACGUGAGGAUUUUGGCGGCACUCGAGGAUCGCAAUAUCGCUAGGGUUUUGGGUGCUUGCUGCCGUGAGGAACCCUACUGCGUUGUGAUGGAAUAUUUGGAACAUGGGGACCUCUGUCAAUUCCUAAAGACGCAUAUCACUGCAGAGGAUGCCCAUUCCAUGCCAAUCGGUGUUAAGACGCUUAGUUUCAACUGUCUCAUCUAUAUGGCAGCGCAAAUCGCAUCGGGUAUGCGGUAUCUCGAGAACCUCAACUUCGUGCAUCGGGAUUUGGCUACUAGGAAUUGUUUAGUUGGAAAAGCUUAUCAUAUCAAGAUCUCAGACUUCGGUACAGACAACGAACUAUAUGCCUGUGACUAUUAUAAAGUGGAUGGAACUGUACCUUUGCCUGUUCGUUGGAUGGCUUGGGAAUCUAUAUUUUUAGGCAAAUAUACAACGAAGAGCGACGUAUGGGCAUUCGCGGUGACUCUUUGGGAGAUUUUAAAUCUAGGAAGACGAAUUCCUUAUGAACAUUUAUCGAACGAAGAAGUGGUUGAGAGUCUCCGAAGAUUUCAUCGUGCUAACGAGGAAGAUGGCUCCGCUUCAGAAAGUGGUUGUACCGAUGGAACGAACGAUCAUUUCGAUUAUUUACCUAGACCAACAGCUUCAUCGAAAGACAUUUACGAUCUGAUGCUCGAAUGCUGGCGUCGCGAGGAAAACGAACGUCCGACGUUCCGCGAGAUCUCACUUUUCUUACAACGGAAGAAUCUCGGAUACGCGCCAACAUCUUGAUAUUGAAAUCUGAACACCAACGAGGGUUAUAAUUUCUUUCAUGGAACUUUCCGAUCUGCUGACGUUAUGAGGAUCGAACGAUGAUAUAACUUCAUCGAUUUUUCUUCUAUUUGUUAAUUAUCAGCUUCAGAACGGAUUUAUGAACUUUGAUAACGUAGAUCGUUUGUGAAUGUCAAUCGGAAAUACGUGAAGGUUUCAAUUUGAUCGGCAACAUUCAUGAAUAAAUAAAUAUCUUCCAAUUAAUUAGGAGUUUAGCUUGAAGCAUUUUAUGGAAAUUAUAUGGGCUGAGAAAAUGUAUUUUUGACGAUUAACCACGUCUACGGAAAGGAUUUUAUCGUAUUGGUUCUCUUAUACUUUAUUGAUGAGAGAUCGUUAAGAGCCUAUAUCGUAUACAUUCCUUAUUAAAAUUUACAAGAAACUCCCGCUUGAUUGGAAUCAUGAAAUUCUUUGUCGUUUCCUUUUUGUUUUCGACGAGAAGAGAUAGAGCUGAGAAUACAUACAUUUGAUAUUUCUAAGAGACGAGAAUAUGACGUUGGACUGUGACUUCGACAAUCCAAUGAGUGCGCCGUGGUUCUUAAUAACUCGUUUAUAAUAAAAGGCUACUGGUUUAUAUGACUGAACGAUAGAAUGGCGAUGACGCCUCUGAUGUAAUAAACUUAAGAUUAAAUGGAAAAAAAAAAAAAAAAAAAAUGAAAAAAAAAUAAGAAAAAAAAGGGGGAGAAAAAA